AUGACAUCACCGUUAUCACCAAUCAGCUUUUUAUUCGGACCUUAUCCAUUUUCUGCCAAACCAAGACAAGCUAGUAGUGUAUGUUAUAACAUCAACAACAACACUAACAACAGCAUCAACAACAAUAGCAACCAUAACAACUUUAACGACAACAAAAACAUUGCUGAAUGCUAUGAGACUAUUAACAAAGGCAUCAACAACAAUCAUUUUUCUUUGGCAAAAAAUGACGAUGAAAGUUGCUCUAGCGGUAAAGAAAAUGAAAACCUUACAUCAAAAUUUUUAAAACAUCAACGACAACAUCAGCAGCACCAGCAGCAGCAGCAGCAACAACAACAACAGAAGCUACGCCAACAUUUCAAAUUGCAACAUUUAAUUAACCGAUGUAUUAUCAACGAGCGGACAAAUUUUGAGACUUCAACUGAAUAUUUGACAACAUCAAUAGCAUCAACAACAACAACAAAUUCAAUGACAUCAACAAUUCUAAACAGAUACUGUUUAAAAUCUCGUGCUAUGCCAACAACACCAUCAGAUAACAGCAGAAAACAUCAAAUCGACGGAAACAUCAACAACUUCAACAACAAUAAUAACGUCAACUACAUUAGUAACAUCAACAAAACUAUCAACAAUAACAACAAAACUAUCAACAACAACAACAGCAGCAACUACGUUAACCGCAAUGUUUAUCAACGCUACUACAAAUAUCACAAUCCAUACCUCAGAUAUGAUGAUGACAACUGCAACAACAACAACAACAACAACAACAUAAACAUCAAAAACAACAACAGCCCUGGUGACGACGAUGACGACGACAAAGUUUUGAUUAACUGCGAUGCAUGGAAGAAUGUAGAAUCAUUAUUGAGUCGCAGUAAUGAUACUAUCUCUUAUUAUUCAACAACUACUACUACAACUACUACUACUACUGCUGUCGCUACUACUACUACUACUACUGCUGCUGCUACUAACACUAAAACGGUUACUACUUCGCAUAUUUCUGCUGUUAGCCCAAUUUAUUCCAAAGUUACUACUACUACUACUUGUCUUAGAGAUACUUUUUCUAAGCAAAAACCGACCAGAAAAUUUAUAAGGACUGUUGAUGAUAAAUUUUCAUACAGAGAUUACGUGAAAGGAGUGAUCAGUGAAGCUCCGAAACUCGUCGAUACUUACAUACCGACCGAUUCUGACACAUCACUUACUGGUAGUAAUAAUAAUAUUAACAGUGAGAGCAGUGUUAGUAAUGCAGAUGCAUACAAGGAUGUUACUCGAGAUACCGCUACUAACGAAACCACCGGUAAAAAUAGCGACGGUACAUUUAAUGGCAGGUUCACGAGUAAUGCAAGCAGUACUGUUAAUGAGAGGACCGCCAAGUACUUGUACAACACUGAAUUUAUACCGGAUAAUUACGGUUCGUGCACAAACAUUGGUCAGUACGAUAGAGUGAAGCCAGCCAUCAGAACAGUGAUGGCUCGAUUUGAAGGAUUCGUCGAUACGUCACAGAACUAUUACAACGUUUCGAAUAUUUAUGGGACUCUGAGAAACCGUAUCACCGGUAUUGAUAAAGAUAACGGCAUCGUCCUUUCAAAGAGGCAUAGUAUUGCGAAUGCUAGCGCACUGAAAAAUACUACAAACAUUACAAACAACAGAAGAGAGUACAAUGCUAGCCUUACUACUGAUGAUCGUAUCGAUAAUAGUAACAUAGAUUCUGCCAGUGGGAUGAAUACUAAAAGUCCGCUUAGAAGAUACACAUCUCUGAUUUCAAUGGACGUAGACCUACGGAGAUGCCAGCAUGGCGAUACAAAACAUCGACCGAUUUGA